UAUAUAUAUAAAAAUAUAUCCCUACCUAGGCCUAGAUUAGGUUGGAUAAGCUUAUCAGUCCCUUAAGGCCCUAGAUCACGUGCACCCAAUGGGUUAUCCAUAUCCAUGUGGGUUAGAUGUCAUCCAUCCAUAUCCAUGCGGAUUGGAUCAGGGUCAACCCCUAUCCAACCCAAAGUGCGGAUUGGGCGGGUUGGAUAUGGAUUUGCGGAUUGGGUCAGCCAGUCUAGACAGAAUAGACAGACAGACAGUAAGAAUAAUAUUAAGACUGAAUAAUUAAGAUACUUAAGAGAUUAAACCUCCACCCACCACCCACAUAAAGAACGAAAAGGAAAAAUAAUAUUUAGGGAGAGAGAGGGUAAAAUAAAAGGGAAAAAAUAGAAGAAGAAAAAGAAUAAUACAUAAAAAUAUAGGAGGGAACUGUGGAGUCUGCCAAGGUGGGAUAAUUAGGACUGUAGAGUCUAGAGUGGAC